AUGGAAGAGUUCAGCUGGAAAGAAACACUCAGUCAGAACAUCAAUUUUUUGAAAGUUUGUGGAUUAUGGCCUCCGGGAGAUGAAGACUACAAAUUAAAUUUGUACGGCAUUUAUGCAGGCUUUUGUGUCUUGGGUUUUUUAUGUGUCCACACUGGUACCCAAACAUUUAACAUCUAUUUCAUCAUCGACGACUUAGAAGCUUUCACUUCUUCAAUUUUUGUAACUUUUGCGUGCGUAGCUUGCGUUUUCAAAACCUACUACUUGUUGAAAAACAUGAAGCUUCUCAAAGUACUCUUCAUCAACAUCGACAAAGAAAUUUUUCAACCUCGCAACCAUGAACAGGAACUUUUGAUUCAACCGAGUAUUAAAUUCUGGAAGGGAUUCUAUCUCAUUUUUAGAAUUUUGUGUUACAACACGUGUUUCUUUUGGUGCGCGUAUCCCAUUCUGGACAAAAGGAUUAAACAGCACAAGUUACCAUUUUUAGCCUGGUAUCCUUAUGACAGUUCGGUCUCGCCAAUGUACGAAAUAACUUACUUUUAUCAAGCUGUGGCGAUUUGGUACAUUGUCAUAAUUAGUUUUAAUACUGAUGUAUUGAUAGGGGCACUAAACAUGUUCGUUGGGGCACAGUGCGAUAUAUUAUGCGAUAAUUUGAGAAAUCUAGCUAAAAAUGGUAUUAAUGAACUGAAUCAGAACUUAAUCAACUGCAUCAAGCAUCACAAAGCAAUUUUGAGUUUUGUUUCAAAAUCGAAUAUAUUUUUCAAUUGGAUUGUGUUUUUGCAAUUUUUCAGUAGCGCCGUUUCUGUUGGAUUUACAAUGUUUGAAUUAACUCUGGUUGCACCGUUUAGUGGCCAGUUUUAUUCUUUUAUUUGUUAUGGAAGUGCUAUAACAACGGAAAUGUUCAUUUAUUGUUGGUUCGGAAACGAAAUUGAAAUUAAGAGUAAUAAUAUUCCAUAUGCAGCUUUUGAGUGUGAUUGGGUUGGUGCGCCGCUGGAAGUACAAAAAAAUCUUAUAAUUUUUACAAUUCGGACACAAAGACCCAUGCAAGUAUCGGCACUCAAUUUGUUUUAUUUGUCUUUGGAAACCUUUAAAACGAUUUUACGUACGUCAUGGUCCUAUUUUACCGUAUUGAAUCAAGUUCACUCUUAACAUAAAAAACAUGCAG